AUGCGAUCCGCACCUGAACCUGCGAGCAGCAAUAGUUGUGAGAAGCAAACCCAUAUCGACGCGCCAAGAAAGUCCUCAACGGAAUACCUCGACGGCGUGAGAGGUCUCGCAUCAUUCAUAGUGUUCAUCUUCCACUUUACUCACAUGUUCUAUCCGAGCACGAACACCGGGUAUGGCGUCAGCCAGCACCCGUCCAUAUGGCAACUUCCAAUCAUCCGCUUCGUCUACUCCGGCGCUGCCAUGGUCUCAAUUUUCUUUGUUGUUUCAGGCUACGUGCUCACACAUCGAUACAUCCAAAAGAUGCGUAGACACGAAUUUGGAGCUCUUUACUCGUCUCUCACGUCACUCACGUUCCGCCGCGCGCUGCGGCUUUUUCUACCAGCACUCGGUUCUUGUGUUUUGGCUUUCGUUUGCGCUUCUAUUGGGGUCCUCGCCGUUCCAAAGAAGAUCAAUCACAAGCCAUUCCGUCAUGGAGUUUCUGCCCUCUUCCGCUACAUUGACCAAGAAUCUAAUCCUUGGACGUGGGAUCAGUAUAUGGAAGGCUUUUACAACCCUCAACUGUGGUCCAUCGCACUCGAGUAUCGAGGCUCGAUGGUUGUCUUCCUGGCUGUGCUGGGGCUUGCAAGAAGCCGAACCUGUGUCAGGAUGGCCGUCGAAUCAGCGAUCAUUACACAUGCUUUUUUGCACAAACGAUGGGAUGUCGCUCUUUUCAUGGCUGGUAUGCUGAUCGCUGAAAUGGAUGUCUUCGUCUCAAAUUCAACUGCACUGAAAUCCAUCGUGCGGAGACGGUCUACGAAAGCUCUUUUGAUGACAAUCAUGGUUGCUGGGGUGUGGCUGUCUGGAUAUCCUCGAGACCACGGCCUCGAAAGCCUCGGAUAUGGCUUCCUAGAAAGAGUAUGGCCGUACGGCGGGUAUCGUCGCAGAUUUUGGCUCGCUAUCGCGUCAAUCAUGAUCGUUGCUCCGAUGCCCUAUCUCCCUUUUAUUCAGACACUGUUCAAUACCAGAUUAAUCAAAUAUCUCGGCAAGAUUAGUUUUGCGCUUUACCUUGUACAUGGUCUUGGUAACAGGACGAUUGGCCUAUGGCUUCUGAACUUAACCGGGAGCAUGUUUGGCAAAGAUGGUUAUUGGGCUAAUGUGCUGAUCUUUGCCGUUUCGUUUGUUUUGUACACGCCUAUUAUUGUUUGGUGGUCAGAUAUGUUUUGGAGAGCGGUUGACCUUCCAUCGGCAAAUUUUGCUAAAUGGAUCGAGGGUAAAUGCGCGUCUAGGGCACCUACAUGA